AGGUCGUCUGUUUACGGAGGGGCCGUCCGUACAGCUGGCUUUUGGAUAGUUGGUGGUAAAAGAAAGGUGAGCAACAUCAUCCACCAGUGUAUAACCUGCAGAAGGCUUAGAGCCCCACUUACAAUCCAGAAGAUGGCCAGUCUUCCAGCGGACCGUCUCUCAACAGAACCUCCCUUUACGAAUGUUGGGCUUGAUGUGUUCGGCCCUUGGAGUGUCUCUUCACGUAGAACAAGAGGAGGCCACUCACACAGUAAACGAUGGGCCGUAAUCUUCACGUGCAUGAGUGUACGAGCGGUUCAUAUUGAAGUCAUAGAAUCCCUUGACACAUCCAGCUUCGUCAACGCGCUAAGGCGCUUUCUUGCUGUGCGCGGCCCUGUCAAACACAUCCGCUCAGACCGUGGCACCAACUUUGUAGGCGCCUGCCGGGAGUUGAAAAUACCCUCAAACAUUGACAACACAACUGUGAAGACUUACCUGUUAGGUCAAGGUUGCUCGUGGACCUUUAACCCUCCGCAUGCCUCCCAUUUUGGCGGUUCGUGGGAAAGAAUGAUUGGUCUUGCAAGGAGAAUCCUGGACGCCAUGUUCCUUCAGCUGAAGGACAAACUUACCCACGAGGUGCUGGUGACUUUCAUGGCAGAAGUUACAGCCAUUAUAAAUGGCAGACCUCUUGUUCCUGUGACAACCGACUCUGAGGAUCCAUUUAUACUCACUCCAGCUGCCCUUCUCACGCAAAAGGUGAAUGUCUUGACUGCCCCUACCGGAGAGUUUGGAGUUUCAGACCUCUACAAGCGCCAGUGGCGACAGGUCCAGCACCUGUCUAACACCUUCUGGGACAGAUGGCGAAAGCAAUAUCUCCCGACACUACAGGCACGUAAGAAGUGGCAUUCCGCUCAUCCAAACAUCAGCCCAGGAAGUGUUGUUAUCCUCAAGGAUAGUCAAGCACCAAGAAAUGAAUGGCCUCUUGGACUGGUAACACAGGCGUUCCCCAGCGAGGACGGGAAGGUACGAAAGGUCGAGAUCAAGGUCGCACGAACAGGAGUGACUAAACUCUUUCUUAGGCCUGUUUCUGAGAUAGUGCUUCUUUUCCCCCCAGAGGCCUAGUGGAGUGAACUGUCUAGGAUUUAUUGGGUGGCGUGUAUUCACGCCAAGCGGGGAGUGUUUUGUCACAAACGUUAAAUCAAUGCUAUGUUUUAUUUUGAAAACAGGAAAUGUGAUGUAAUUUGUCAGGUGACAGGAACCAGGAAGUCAAUGAAGAAUAUGGCUCAGAACUGCUGUUUGUAUUGGUAGCUUUUCAAUCCAGUUGAGUCUGCAUGCAUCCUAUACCUUUUUGAUAGCAUCGUUGUUUUACUAUGCCGCCCUCGGUAUAUGCGCUCCGAUACACCUUGGCAGUUAGACGAACUCUUUCUCAUGUCAAUAAACCUGUGGACAACGGA